GCGCGCGCCCCCGGCGGCGGCGGCGGCGGCGGGUCCAGGAUUCCGUAUUUGGGACUUUCUGUUUAACCAUGUUUGCCAGUCUGGAAUUACCUGAAGUCUUGUUGCACACCCCACAAUACUGAAGUUGUGAAAUUUGUUUUGAUCAACUGGAAUACUUCUCAAGUCACAUGCAGCACGAUUCUGCCAGGAACCCCCUUCUGUUUGUCCUAGUGGAGAAACAGCUUGGGCACUGCCAUGGCCACCAUUUUCAGCCUCACACAGUUGGUCUCACAGAGCCCAAUACUGGGUCACCAGCUAUGGAAGACUUAGAGGUGGAUUUUGAUUCAGGACUGGAGGAAGAUGAACUGAAACAGGAGGCUGCUCCUGGGGUUUCCACAAUCUUUGUGGCUUUUAAAGGAAAUAUAAGUGACAGAGACUUUGAGCAGAAGCUGGAUACCAUACUGGAGAAUGUGCCUGGCCUUUUACACAUGGAAUCCAACAAGUUAAAAGUGCAGAAGAUAGAGCCUUGGAACAGCGUUCGUGUCACCUUCAACAUCCCCCGGGAAGCUGCUGAGCGGCUGCGAAUCCUGGCUCAGAACAACAACCAGCAGCUCCGGGACCUGGGCAUUCUUUCCGUUCAGAUUGAAGGAGAAGGUGCCAUCAACUUGGCUUUAGCCCAGAGCAGGAGCCAGGAUGUGCGGAUCAACGGGCCCCUGGGAGCGAGCAGUGCCAUGCGCAUGGACACGGCGUUCCCCAUGCAGGGGGGGCAAGGUUUAAUAAGAAUGAGCAAUGCUGCAGCUGUCAUGAUGUCCCAGGGUGGAAAUGUGCCGUCCUCUAUGGUGGCAAGUGGUGCUAGUGCUGAGCUGCAGCCACGAACACCUCGGCCUUCCUCACAGCCAGAUGCGAUGGACCCACUCUUAUCUGGGCUAAAUAUGCAGCAACAAAAUCAUCCACCUGGAUCUUUAGCUCCUCAGCUCCAUUCAAUGCAGUCAGUUCCUGUAAACAGGCAGAUGAACUCAGCCAACUUUCAGCAGCUACAGCAGCAGCAGUUGCAGAAUCGGCCUCCCCAGCCACAUCAGCAGCCACCGCAGGGUAUUCGACCUUCAUUCACUUCACCAGCACAGGUUCCAGUUCCCCCUGGCUGGAACCAGCUUCCUUCUGGAGCACUCCAGACUCCUCCAACCCAGGGAGCACUGGGUACAUUGACAGUAAAUCAGGGCUGGAAAAAGGCCCCGUUGCCUGGACAAAUGCAGCAGCAGCUUCAAGCAAGACCAUCUCUAGCAACAGUACAAACUCCUACUCAUCCUCCACCUCCAUAUCCUUUUGGAAGCCAGCAAGCUUCUCAGGCUCACUCAAACUUUCCCCAGAUGAGCAAUCCUGGCCAGUUUACUGCUCCUCAAAUGAAAAGCCUUCAGGGAGGGCCCUCACGGGUUCCUACCCCACUACAGCAGCCCCACCUGACCAAUAAGUCUCCUGCUUCUUCUCCCUCCUCCUUCCAGCAGGGCUCUCCUGCCUCAUCUCCCACUGUUAACCAGCCACAGCAGCAGCUGGGACCAAGGCCUGCCCAGAGCAGCACUCUUCCCCAGGGCUUCCAGCAGCCUGUCAGUUCUCCCAGUCGUAAUCCUAUGGUGCAACAGGGGAACGUACCCCCCAACUUCAUGGUGAUGCAGCAGCAAAACCAAGGUCCACAAGGUUUACACCCUGGUUUAGGAGGACUGCCCAAGCGGCUGCCCCCGGGGUUCCCUGCAGGCCAGGCUAACCAGAGCUUCCUGCAGGGCCAGGUGCCCUCCACAGCUCCAGCAACGCCAGGGAACAGCGGAGCACCGCAGCUGCCAGCCGGCCAGAGCGUGCAGCACACAGGCGGCCAAGGGUCUGGACCUCCUCAAACUCAGAUGCAAGCAGCACAUGGCCCACCAAAUAUGAUGCAGACCAAUCUAAUGGGACUUCAUGGAAAUAUGAACAACCAGCAGGCUGGUGCUAGUGGGGUGCCACAAGUUAACAUGGGCAAUAUGCAGGGACAGCCUCAGCAAGGACCACAGUCCCAGCUUAUGGGGAUGCAUCAGCAAAUCGUGUCCUCUCAAGGACAGAUGGUGAACAUUCAGGCUCAGGGAUCACUGAACCCUCAAAACCAGAUGAUACUUUCUCGAACUCAGCUCAUGCCGCAAGGCCAAAUGAUGGUGACACCCCAAAACCAAAAUCUUGGUCCCUCUCCCCAGAGGAUGACCCCACCCAAACAGAUGAUUUCCCAGCAGGGACAGCAGAUGAUGUCCACACACAAUCAGAUGAUGGGACCUCAGGGCCAGGUCUUGCUACAGCAAAACUCAAUGAUGGAGCAGAUGAUGACCACUCAGAUGCAAGGAAAUAAACAGCCUUUUAGUACUCAAAACCAGUCCAACGUUAUGACGGGGCCAGCUCAACUGAUGAGAGGACCAACCCCAAACAUGCAAGGAAACAUGGUGCAGUUCACUGGGCAGAUGAUGGCUCAGCAGGGUCCUGUGAAUGGGAAUCCUUCUCAGGUGAUGGGAAUUCAAGGGCAAGUUUUAAGACCCACUGGACCUGGUCCUCACAUCUCUCAGCAACUUGGGGAUGCUGCGACCACCACAAACAACGAUGGGAACUUGACACAGAUGUUACCUGAGGUUCCUGUGCAGCAGCCAAACAUGGUGCCUUCUCAUAUGCAAGGAAUGCAAGGAAACAGCAAUGCUUCAGGGAGUCAUUUCUCUGGCCAUGGGCUGCCUUUCAACACGGGAUUUAGUGGAACUCCCAAUGGGAAUCAGGUUUCCUGUGGGCAGAACCCUGUGUUUCCUGUCAAUAAAGAUGUGACGCUCACGAGUCCGCUCUUGGUUAACCUACUCCAGAGUGAUAUCUCAGCAGGGCACUUUGGUGUGAACAACAAACAGAAUAACCAGAAUGCCAACAAGCCAAAGAAGAAGAAGCCUCCGAGGAAGAAGAAAAAUAAUCAACAGCUAGAGCAAACAACUUCUUCAGAAUCACGUCCAGCUGGCCUGGAGGAGAGUGAUCAGUCAUCGAUGUCUGGAGACCAAGGAAUGAGUUUAGAGAAGUCAGUCCCUAAACUCUCCGAUUUUGCAAGUAGGCCACCAGGUUAUCCAUCUCAGCCAGUGGAGCAAAGGCCACUUCAGCAGAUGCCCCCUCAGCUCAUGCCACACUCGCAGCAGCCCCAGCCCCAGCCUCAGCAGCAGCAGCAGCAGCAGCAGCCCCAGGCAGCCCCGCAGCAAGGCCAGGCACCCCCCCAGACACCGCAGCAGCAGCAGAUGAUGAUGAUGCUGAUGAUGCAGCAGGAUCCCAAAUCAGUCAGGCUGCCUGUGCCCCAGGGGGCUCACCCCCCCAGGGGACCCCUGAACCUGGAUGUCCAGCGGAUGCCAAUGCAGCAGAGCGGGAACAUGCCCGUGAUGGUGAACCUCCAGGGGCCUGGGCCCGUGCCUCCCUCUCCUGACAAACAGAGGAUGGCCCUGCCAGGCAACCCUCCUCUGGGAAAUAAUGCAAGAAAAAUGGUUUAUCCAGAUAACGUACAGAAUCCUUCCACCUCACCCCUCAGAGAGGUGUCAUCAGUGUCCUCUCUUCCAGAAGGAGGUGGAGCUGAGGGCCCUCCAACAUCAGGAGCUCAGAAUAAUGUCACAUCUCAUUUAGUAGUUUCACAGAACCAGUUAAUGAUGACAGGACCCAAGCCUGGACCAUCCCCACUUUCAGCUGCCCAAGGUGCAAGUCCCCAGCAGCAGUCUAGUUCUCUGCCUAGUGCUCUUACACACCAUUUUCCAAAUGUUGCUGCCCCAUCACAAACGUCAAGGCCUAAAACCCCAAACAGAGCGAGCCCACGGCCAUAUUACCCUCAGACUCCUAAUAACCGUCCCCCCAGCACAGAGCCCUCAGAAAUCAGCCUGUCUCCAGAGAGGCUCAAUGCCUCUAUUGCUGGUCUGUUCCCUCCCCAGAUCAAUAUUCCUUUACCUCCCAGGCCUAAUCUCAAUAGAGGAUUUGAUCAGCAGGGUCUGAAUCCCACUACUUUAAAGGCCAUUGGACAAGCCCCAUCAAAUCUCACAAUUAACAAUCAGUCCAGUUUUACUGCCUCACAGUCACACAAGUUGGAAGGUGUGGUCAUUAAUUCGGGCAAACAAAGCAGCGCCGGAGGAGCAAAGAGAGCAAGCCCAAGCAAUAGUCGAAGGUCCAGUCCUGGAUCCAGCAGGAAAACUACACCAAGCCCUGGCAGACAGAAUUCAAAAGCAGCUAAAUUAUCAUUGACAACUCAGCAGAAUCCAUCUCUCUUGCAGAAUGUGGAACUACAGAGAAAUAUGAUGGUUAGUCCCUCUUCUUUGCCGACACCUGUGACUACAAGUUUUCAAAAUAACUCCAUGCUAAGUAACCAGAAUCCCACAGUUUCUGUACCUGCUGCGACUGGCAUUCCUGAAGACAAUAAGGAGAGCCUUAGUGGGCCUCAAGAUGCUGAGAGUCAAAAUGCACAAGGUGCCCUAGGUGGCAAGGACCAGCCCAGUAUGGAAUUGAAAGGUGCCCCUACUCCAGAAAUGAAAGUGCUGGUUCCUGAGGAACAGGCAAAAAAAGAUGGGCAAGCCUUAGACAGCAGUAAGCUCCCAGUCAUGGAGGAAAGUAAAGCCAUGGUAUCUCCAGCCAUGAGGGAGGCACCAACUUCUCUAAGUCAACUUCUUGACAAUUCUGGAGCUCCUAAUGUGACCAUUAAGCCUCCUGGGCUGACUGGUCUUGAAAUGGCGCCAAUAGUUCCCACUGGUGAGGAGCUAAAGAAGAUAGCUGUCAUUCCUCCACUGCAGGAUUCAUCCUUGAGCAAGGAGCCAUCUAAUUCACUUAGCCUGCCUCAAAAUAAUGAGCCCUGUCCAAAUCCAGGGCACCAGGAACUGGGAGAAGUAAAUGCAAGUGUGGCACAGAGUGUUCCUCCAGUCAUGCAGAGGCCUGUUAGCUCUUGUAUUUCGGGUCCUUUGCCUCCCAAUCAGAUAACAGUUUUUGUGACUUCCAACCCUAUUACAUCUGCUGCUAAUACAUCAGCUCCGCUGCCAUCCCACUUGCAGUCUGCAUUAGUGUCCACUGUUGUCACCAUGCCUAACGUGGGGAGCAAAGUGAUGGUUUCCGAGGGACAGUCGGCGGCUCAGUCCAACGCCCGGCCGCAGUUCAUCACCCCUGUGUUUAUAAAUUCAUCCUCAAUCAUCCAGGUGAUGAAGGGCUCUCAGUCCAGUGCGAUUCCAGCAGCCCCCAUGACUUCAAACUCGAGUCUGAUGCCUCAGUCGGUGGCGGUUGUUGGUCCUUUGCAUAUCCCACAGAAUAUCAAGUUUUCCUCCGGGCCCACUCCUCCCAGCACCUCAUCCACCAGUUCUGUGUCCAGUAUUCCCACCAGCAGGUCGCUCGUUCUGAAUCCCUUGGCAUCUCCCGUCCAGCUGCCUUCUUCUGCUCCUGCUCCUUCCAGUGUUCCUUCACAGCUGCCUGCUCAGCAAGCCAAGGACUUCAGCCCAGAGGAGACUUCCCAAGGGGCAGGGUCGGGUGAGCAGUGCCCUGUGCCAGCCGCCCAGUCGGGACCUGUUGUUUCCUCUCUGCUUACAAGCAGCCCGGGCUCUGGGAAUAGACGCAGUCCUGUUUCGUCCAGCAAGGGAAAGGGAAAGGUAGACAAGAUUGGCCAGCUCCUGCUGACUAAAGCAUGCAAGAAGGUCACUGGCUCCCUGGAGAAAGGGGAAGAGCAGUACGCUUUGGAUGGGGAAACAGAAGGUCAGGGACUAGAAACGUCGGUCCCAAAUAGUUUGGCAACAGAGCAACCCCCAGCAGAACUCGAUAACAAAAGCGGGACCCCUCCAGCACCCAGUGUAACGAAACCGAGCCCUUCUGGGCCCGGCAGCUCGGGCCUCAGCCCCGCGGCGGCCGCUCCCUCCUGCGCGUCCCCUGGCGCGCCCCCGAGCACCCCCGGUCCCGGUGCGCUCCCGGCCGCAGCCGCUCCGGCCGGAGCCCCCCCGGCAGCCCCGGAGCCCUCGGGCCCCGCCGCCAGCGGCGGCAGCCCCGGCGGGGGCCCGGAGCAGAGCGGCGGCGCCGCGGCCGAGGAGAAGCCCGCAGCACCCCCGGAGCUGCUGCAGAGCGCAGCAUCCUCUCAACAUUUAACACAGAAAAAAAGUUCAGUUGCAACAUCAGAAAGUACUGUUCAAAGAGCAGAACUUGAGACAAAUGCUGCAGUAGUUGCUGGUCAAAGUAAUGAGACAAAAGAGAAUUGUGAAAAGUCUAAAACUCCAAGUAGAAGAAAUUCAAGAACAGAGGAUUCUGCCGCUUCACAGGAAGCUGUAGAGAACGGGCAGCGCAAGAGAUCCUCGCGACCCGCGUCCGCGUCCGGCACAGCUAAAGUUUCAAGGAUUUAGCCACAGGCUGGUCUUGAAGUGUUUCCCGACGUCCGCACUGGCAGUAAAUGCUGUAUGAAUUCCUCUUUGGUACAUCUGUGGAACUUGUUUUUUGCAGCACUCACCAUCACAGUGUUUGGCACCUUGCCUAGUUGAAUUCUCUUUGCAAAAAUGUGUUGCUGUUGGAAGGACCGUACUGAGAUCAAAAAGUGACAUUUUUCUUUUCCUGAAGCCUGAAAGUCUUCCCAAGUGCACGGUCAGUUCUUGCCAAGUCAAAUGCCAUGGUUCAGGCGCGCUCCAGAGGCUGCUGAGGUGGCAGCCAGGAGCAUCAGGGAGUGCUGUGUGCUAGCACAGAGCCUCAGCUCUGCUUCACAACAACAUCUGAACUCCUGAAGUUAUUAACCCAUGACAUUAGCAGGUGCUGACGUGCCUUACUCCUACCCAGGUUACAGUUUUUAACAAUUAUGCAGCAUUUGUGUGAUGUGCACGGCCCAGUGCCAGGCUGAAGCUAAUUCUGUCAGCUUCUUGUGUUUAAGGGUCAGAAAAAUGCUGAUGGACCAAAGUUAUACAAGAGAGUAGAGAGAGACUGUCAAGAGGCAACAUUGGACCACUAUUUUAAAGAUAAUAUACAGAACAAAGAGGUACUGAUAUAAAAUGAUUAUAAAAGGAAGUCAAGUUGAAUUCAGCCACCAUUUCCAUACUGGAGGUACUGAAGUGUGUGCUAAGAAUAUUGUGUUGUCAGAGUUUCAGAGAAGCAUUCCAGCUUUACGUCAUUGCGCAAUGACUCCCAAAGAUUACACAGGGGACCUAUAUGUUCUGCACUUUUGUGACUGCUGAAUUUAAUUAUAUUUACUUCUUGUGGCAGGACUGUGCAGAAGAAUCUGAGUUUGUAUUGUAAAAAUAAAUUCUCUUUCAUGAUUGUGAAAAAAAGUUUGAAAAAUGUGAAGCCAGUGUAAAAUCCCUGCCUGUGUUUGAGGGGAUCUGGAGCGUGUGACCUGCCCCACAUGCUCUACUGGGUAAACCUAAAGAUGACAACCAGUGACACUUCCAAUUCUGAAAAUGUGGGAACGGGAAAGUGCAUCAAAUUCAAAUAAUACCAGAAUUCUCACAGGGGUUUGUGCUGGCUGUGUAAUUCAUUUACCUCUGUAAAUAAAACCUUUGCUUUUAAGUCGUGCAUCUGAAGCUGCCACAAUGUCCAAGGGCUUUGCUGGACACUUGGAUGCAGUCUGCAGGGGACACCUGGCUGUGCUGCCUUACCUGUGAGCACACAGCUGCUCCUGAGCUGUGGAGAAUGAGCCAAACCAGGUGCUCUGGACAAGCUGCACAUUAGUGAGGUGGCUGCAGGAGUGUCACCUGGUUUGUCACCCGUGCCUGCUCUGUUGUACAUUUUUGUUAGUGAAUCAGAGCUUAUUAUUCUGGUUUGGUUGCUCCUGUCCUCAUUAUGUUACCUGUGUCCUGAGAAAGCCCCAAUCCAUGAUAAAAGGAAUGUGGGGCUGGGAGGAGUUACCUCUUGAGAUAGAGGCUGUUUAAAGUCAUCAUUAGGAAAAAGAAAUCAGCAGGGAGAAAGAAGCAGACUUUGACCAGCUGGAGUAGGAACUUGGUGGCUAAGCCUGGGGAAGGAGGAGGCAGAAGGGUCACUGGGACAGAAGAGGGGGACACACAGGAGGGCCAGCCCUGCCCACUGUGUCUGGCACACUCUGGGUGUAGGGUUUGGGAGGUGCUGCUGAUGCUCCCAAGGGACUGAGACGGGAGCUGAGUGCUGCUGGCCCGCUCCUCCUCCCAAACACAGAGCCUUGAGCAGCAACAAGGGUGGCAACAGCUGCUGCUGAAGGUACUUCAAAGUCAGUCCUGCUGCUUGGAAGGCUCCAGGCUGGAGUCCAGCCUUCUGAGAUGUUUCACUUCUGAAAAUUGGUACUGUCCUGGAGUUUUCCCUUUUUGGAGUACUUUUCCAGCAAGGGCUGCUUUUAGCAUUUACUGUACUUUUGAGUUUGUUAAAUUUUGAAAUGUUGAUUGUUUUUUCUAAUUCCACAUGUAACAGCUGUGGAGUUGUACUGCUGCUAUUCUAAUUUUAGAUGGGCUUGGAAAUUUUUUUCCCUAUUGACUCUUAAAAUGCACACAGCUGCAAUAGUUUUUGGAAAACAUUAUGAAGAGCCAAAGAGACAUUGCCAACAUUCAAAAACACAUUUUAAAAAAGAUCUAAAGAUGCAAAUGCCUUUGGUCUUUACUCUUUUUUUGUUUUGAAAUGGAAACUUAGUGCCUUGGUGAGUGCACUGGACAUGUCAUCUGCUGUCGCCGUGGCCCUGCAGGUGUUAACAUUUGUGUCUUUCUGCAUCAGCUGUGUUCCUGUGACUCAGUGCACGCUGCAGAGACUCAUUUUCUAGUGACCUUCUAGGAGCUCAGACAGCUGGGGUGCUGGCUGGCAUGGCAGAGUGGUUGUGUAGCACCAUCUCCUCCUGUGGCACGUGGGGGACAGCACGUGGGGACAGUUCCAAACCCUUGGCUCUUCUUUCCAGGCUGUCCUGUGAGGUUUGCAGGAGUGCCCAGCUCGGGGCCCAGGGGUGCCCCAGCUGCUCAGGAGUCUGUCCUGGUGUGGGGAAAUCCACCAGAGCACACACUCUGGUGUGAGUUUGGAACAAUGGCAGGGCAAUCUGUGCCCCUCUGGGGAAUGGCUUACCGACUGCAUAUCCAUGCUUCUUUUCUUCUCUUGAUUUCAGAAACGAGUGCCAGUGCAAUGCAGUCAAAAAGAAGAAAAUCCAAGUAAAUUACUGCAUGGAAACAUGAGACUUGUAAAUGAGUGUGAAUUUACCAAUAGCAAUUUUGAGCUGUGAUUUUUGUUUUUUAAAUAAAAUUCUGUACAGUAAGUAAUUUUAAUAUUAUACUGUUCCCAAUAAAUGAUUUUUUUUUUCUAAAAAACAGAUAAAUAGAUAUAAAAACUGGGUUCUUCUAAAACCCCCUGGAUUUGCAACGUGAAGUCAGGGUUAGCACAUUAGGGUAAUGUGUUUGUAUGAAAUGGAAGGGGAGGGGAAGACAAUUGUAAAUUUAUUUGUUUCCAAUUUUCAUAAACAAUUUAGAAUACAGGCGUGUCAUUUUUGGGUAUUAAAAUAAUGUAAUGUGCUGUUGUUUAAGUACUGUAUGUGAAUAGCAGUCAGAGGGUUUAUAAACAAACCCCAUGUUGUUUGGAAAUGUAAAUAAUUUUAUUAUAUAGUCGAUCUGAUGUAUUUGUUGUAGAAAUGGACCAGUGAAACAAAAAAUAAAUUUAAGGGUUUGUAUAAUGUGGAGUCCCUCAUGCUCUAAAUAAAUGUUAUUGUCCUAUAAA